AUGAAAAAGGGUGCACAUAAAAAUUUUUUUAUUUUAAUUGCUUUUGCUGUAAUACAUAUUACAAAUGCAAUUUUUAAUCGUAUUGUAAUGGCAAAAUUUUUUUUUAAUUUUCCAUUGUUUAUAAGUAUACUUCAAUAUGGAAUUUUAUUAUUAUUUAUUGAAAUUGCAAAUUCGCAAAAUAUUAUUAAAUUACAACCAUAUACUGUAGAAAGAGGAAAAGAAUUAAUGAUACCAUCAAUAUUAUAUUCAUUAUCAACAUAUUUUACAUUAACUUCAUUAGAUGGAGUUAGUUUACAUAUGUUUCCAUUAAUGACAAAAUUAGCACCUCUCACAGCAAUAGGUAUAAUUUUUUUCUUAAGUGAAGAUAGAGAUACAUUAACUGUAGGAAAAAUUGGAAUCAUUGGAUUAAUUGUUUUAUUUUCAAGUAUGAGUGUAUACUUUUUUUAUUCAUUUCAACCAAUGUCAUGGUUUUAUGGACUUUUUGUUGCAAUAUGUCUUCCAUAUUCAUUUAGAUUAUAUUAUUUACAAGCUGAAAAAACAAAUAUUAAAGAUGUUAUAUAUGUAAAUUGUUUUAACUGUUUUGCACUUUUUAUGAUAGCUGAUUUAGUUGUGAAUGAGGUUAAUUAUGUAUAUUAUUAUUAUCAAACAUCUGCAAGUCUUGCAUUUUAUGUAUCAAUUUUGUUUCAAGUAAUUACUGGAAUUUUUUCAUAUAUUUUAUUAAUGUAUAUUAUAAAAAAAUUAGGACUCAUCACAACAACAGUCACAUAUACAACACUACAAUCUUUACAACUUUUCUUUGCUUACCUUUUUUCAUUAAUUUUAUUUUAUGACAUAACACCAACUUUUUUUAAUAUUUUAAAUAUAUGGUUAUGUGUUUUAUGUACAAUUUAUUAUUUUAUGAAACAUUGUCAAAGUAUAUCAUUUUUAAACAGAACAACAUUUAAAUAUACUGUUUCACCAAAUAAACGUUAA